UCAGACCCGUCCUGAGCCGGUGAGAGUUAGUGUGACCCGGACUGCGGCAGUCCCGCUCUACCCCGGCUCACCCGGCCCUGUCCGUCUGUAAUGAGCGACGGACACAUCACAGCCGAGUGGCCUCGGGAGCAGCAGCUCAGACUCAACUCUCCGUACAGGGUGAGCACAUCGGUGCAGGAACAUUGUCGGUCACCCGGGUAGUCAGACUGUGAUUUCCCGGGACCAUAUUGAACGCCGUCCGGUUACAACAUCAGAGUUAGACCUACAGUGAGAGAUUUACUGGAAGAAAAGCUCACAACUGGAAAGAAAUAACAACUAAAGACGAGGGAAGAUCAACAAGUGAACCAGCCCGAGUACUGAGAGCAUCAACUGGAGAGAUCCCUUAGUUUCCAUUGAUUCAGUCAGGAGAAAGUUUGGUCACUGCCAGCAGGUGGAGCUUUCUGCCACCCAGACGGCAGACAAGAAGACGACAACCAACCAACGUCAGUCAGAGUCAGAAUGGACACAAAUCUGAACUCCGCCAUCUCCGCCUUCCUGUCAAAUUGUGACGAUCACCAACUGUUUCGGUUGACGAGAUUCUACAUGGAGCGACUGGAGCAGACGAUUGAGGAGGGCGUGGAGGGAGUCAGCUUCAUGUUAAUGGGCGAGGAUCACUUCACCGGGCAGGAGUAUCACAGCGUGACUGAGCUCGUGAAGAAGGGAAACCGAGCGGGCGCUUCCAAACUCCUCCUGGAUCUGGUGAUGGAGAGAGGCUCCGGGGCCCGGAAGGUGAUGUGGGAAUCCUUUGUGAAACUGCACCACCAUUUACCGAAGCUGAGCAGAAUAUUGAAUGAAAUACGGGAGCGAGGUGACGGCCAGUUCGCCUACAUGGACACUGAGCGGGAUUUCUCUGAAGUGCCCAAACAUCUGAAAGAUGUUCAACAGAAACACAAGGAGACUCUGCGGACAGAGACUGAAAAACUGAGAGUGAACACGAUCCUGAUGAGGGAGAAGGUGAAGGUUUUCCAGCUGGUUGAUCGAUACGCUGAGCUCACGGUCAUUUCUACUGUUCGAGAUCGGAGACUGGUGGAACAUGAGCUGCUGGCAAGAGGCAGAGACCACGAGGAGUGGAGAGAAAAAGAUCUCCGUGGUAAGCUGGAAAAAAUCCGUACUGAUCAGUUAUUCAAGAAGAGCUUUGUUCAAAAAUUGCAAAGAUAUUUCUUUGGAAACAAAUCAGGGAUGUCCGCAGCAGUGGCCGGAGUCCCAGGGAUCGGGAAAACAACAAUGGUACAAAAGAUUGUUUACGACUGGGCCACGGGGAAGAUAUACCAACAAUUCCAGUUUGUCUUCAGUUUCAAAUUCCGGGAUUUAAACACCAUUAACUGCAGAAUAAACCUGAAGGAACUGAUUCUGCAUCAUUAUCCCUACUUUGGGAAUAUCCUGGGAGAGAUCUGGAAACAGACAGAGGGACUGCUGUUCAUAUUCGACGGAUUGGAUGAAUUCAAGGACAAAAUCAACUUUGUUGAUGGUCGGAGAGACACAGAAUCACAGUGCACAGAUCCUGAAUUCAAGUGCAAGGUGUCUGACAUUGUGUAUAGUUUAAUCCAGGGCAAGCUGCUCCCAGGGUGUUCAGUGCUGGUGACCACCCGCCCCACUGCGUUACAUUUAUUGGAAAAGGUGGAUAUCAGUGUCUGGGCUGAAAUCCUGGGAUUUGUUGGUGAGGAACGGAAGGAAUAUUUCAUCAGGUAUUUUGAAGAUCAGACGGAGGCAGAAGCUGUUUUCAAACACGUGAAGGAGAACGAGAUCCUGUACACCAUGAGCUACAACCCCUCCUACUGCUGGAUCCUUGCUCUGGUACUGGGCCCCUUCUUCACACAAAGAGUCAGGGACCCGCAGCGAGUUCCCAAGACCAUCACCCAACUGUACUCCUACUAUAUUUACAACAUCCUGAAAAACCACGGCCGUGAGAUUGAGAACCCCCGUGAUGUGUUACUCAGAGUUGGUCAGAUGGCCUUCAGAGGAGUGUCGGAGAAGAAGAUUGUGUUUACAGGUGGAGAUUUGAUCAACUACAAUCUGCAGCCUUCCCAGUUUCUGUCCGGGUUCCUGAUGGAGCUUUUGGAGAGAGAGGAUUCUGCCCAGAGCGUGGUGUACACAUUCCCACACCUCACCAUCCAAGAGUUUGUAGCUGCAGUCGCACAAUUCCUGAUCCCAGAUGGCAGAGAUAUCAUGAAACUCCUCACUGAAGCCCACUGCGUGAGGGAUGGGCGAUUUGAGGUAUUUCUCCGUUUUGUUGCUGGUCUCUCCAACCCAAUGACAGCUCGGGGUCUGGAGGAGUUUCUGGGUCCAUUUCCCAAUGAAACAACCUGCCGGGUGAUUGACUGGGUGAAGGAGGAGGUUAAACGCCGAAGUGGAAACACAGGGAGUGAAGCUGGUAAAAGGAGCCUCCUGAACACAUUGCACUAUCUGUUUGAGUCUCAGAAUCGUGGACUGGCUCAGGCCGCACUGGGAUCUGUGGAAAGGAUUUCACUCAGUGGAAUGACACUGACCCCGAUUGACUGCGCGGUCCUGUCUCAUGUCAUCGGACUCUGUGAUACAAUAAAACAGCUCGACCUGGAGAACUGCCACAUUCAGUAUGAGGGAAUACAGCGGCUGGGACCCGGGUUGCAUAAGUGCCAGGAGUUGAGACUUGGGCAUAAUGACCUGGGAGAUUCAGGAGUGAAACUGGUGUCUGCGGCUCUGAGGAACCCGGAGUGUAAAAUACAGACACUGUGGUAAGUACCAGACUGUGGGAGAUUGUGUUUACAGUCACUGGGUGUCUGACACUGAGAAUGAAUGUGAUCAGUAGACACACAGAAAACAUACAGGACAAUGCAGGCCCUUCGGCCCACAAAGCCGUGCUGAACAUUUUUCUACCUUAGAAUUAUCUCGGUUUUACCCAUAGUGCUCUAUAUUUCUAAGCUCCAUGUAGCCAUCCUGGAGUUUAAAGUUUUCGCCUCCAGCAGCCCAUUGUUAAAACUAUGCCCUCUCGUGCUAGCCAUUUCAACCCUGGGGAGAAGACUCUGACUAUCUACAUGAUCAAUGCCUCUCAUUAUCUUGUACACCUCUAUCAAAUCACCUCUCAUACUCCGUCACUCCAAGAGAAAAGGCUGAGUUCACUCAACCUGUUCUCAUAAGGCAUGCUCCCCAAUCCAGGCAACAUCCUUGUAAAUCUCCUCUGCACCCUGUCUAUGGUUUCCACAUUUCACAUCCUCCUCCUCGGAGAUUGCUACCCAUUCCUCUUCUACCUGUGGGAUCUUUCUUCCACAUCCCCCUUCCUCCUGUGGGAUCUUUCUUCCCCGUCCCCCCUCCUCCUGUGGGGUCUCUCCUCCCAGUCCCCCUUCCUCCUGUGCGGUCCCUCC